AUGGUGGAGCGCAAGAGAACAACACAGUCUGAAGGAGCUGCUCACUUAACGAUUAAACGUUGGCUGCGGGGCUGCAGUAUUGGAGAGGAAGGCUGUGCUGCUCUGAUUUCAGCUCUGAGAUCAAACCCCUCACACCUGAGAGAACUGGAUCUGAGCUGGAAUAAACCAGGAGACUCAGGAGUGAAUCUGAUCUCUGCUCUACUGGAGGAUCCACACUGUAAACUACAGAAACUAUGUGUUUCCAGCUGUCGUAUUACACAGAAAGGCUGUGCUGCUCUGAUUUCAGCUCUGAGAUCAAACCCCUCACACCUGAGAGAACUGAAUCUGAGUAAUACACCAGGAGACUCAGGAGUGAAGCUGCUCUCUGCUCUACUGGAGGAUCCACACUGUAAACUGGAGAAACUACAGCUGCGGGGCUGUAUUAUUGGAGAGGAAGGCUGUGCUGCUCUGAUUUCAGCUCUGAGAUCAAACCCCUCACACCUGAGAGAACUGGAUCUGAGCUACAAUAAACCAGGAGACUCAGGAGUGAAUCUGAUCUCUGCUCUACUGGAGGAUCCACACUGUAAACUACAGAAACUACUUGUUUCCAGCUGUGGUAUUACACAGAAAGGCUGUGCUGCUCUGAUUUCAGCUCUGAGAUCAAACCCAUCACACCUGAGAGAACUGGAUCUGAGCGGUAAUAAACCAGGAGACUCAGGAGUGAAGCUGCUCUAUGCUCUAUUGGAGGAUCCACACUGUAAACUGGAGAAACUACAGUGAGUCUCAUCACAUCUCAGUAACUAUAAGGUUUCAAGUAAAAUGCAAAAUUACUCAGAUAUUUUUUCUAUAGCAGUGGUUUUGAUUGUUGUCCUCUCACUCUCAGUCCAAACCUUUUUUUUUUUAAUAAUGUAAAUUAAUUAAUUAAUUAAUUGUGAUCUUAUUAAUUAUUAUAUUUUUAUGGAGCCUUUUUUUUUCAAAACCAGCACUGUAGUGUUUUUUUUUAAGUGACUGCUAGAAUCUAGAAAUGUUUCUGUCAUUACUGCACACCAGUAUUAGAGUACAAUCGGGCUAAAUACACGAGUCUCCUCCGAGUUUUCAGGCAAAUGAAUAUUGAAUGCAACUUCCAAAGGGAAAAUAUAGAAAUAUUUAAGGUGGCAACAAUGGCCUCACCAGUAUGGGGCAAAAUGUCCACAAUAUUGAUACAAAUAUUUCAACUGAAGUAAUAUGUUUUGCAUAAUAUCUAA